CUUAUAUUUUCAGUCAAAUUAAGAUAAUAUUUUGCCUACAUUUUUAGUUCAGUUAAGUGCAUAUGGAAGUGUGGAUGGUGGCAUUCACCUCUAUCUCAUAUCUCCUUGCAUACUGAGGUGCACUGAACUUUCCCUUUAUAAUGACUAAUAUUUUAACAAAGUAUUUGCCAAUGCAAAGAACAAGUUACAAAACAAGUCCAUCAAGUUAAAGAAGUCAGACACUCAGAUAUUCGAGGUCAGGUGCUUUCAACCAAAGUACAUGAAAAACAAAGUGUGCACACAAAAGCAAGCACAUAAUGAACUAACAGUGCAGACUUUUGAAUAUGUUAAACGGCGACUGUCUACAACAUGAAGGUGCUCAAAACAUGCCUUUAACUUAAUUGAAUAUUUGUUGACUGGGUUUUUUGUAAUGUAAAAUAUAAACUGUAUUGAUUAAAUAAUCUUUCAGUCUUAUAAUGCAAAUGUAUUCAAAUAAAUACAAUUAAUAUAUAAUAAACAAUGAAAAUUAAUUGAUAUUGCUUUUUGUGUUACCGAUUUUCUGGCUAACACAGAUGGGCAUCUUAAGUGUCAGGAUUUUGUUGCAUGUCAACAAUGGAAUGUCGGAAUGACAUCACAACUUACUAGUAGUAGUCUACAUAACUGACUCCUUCUGUGUUCAUAAGGCGACUGCUGUCAGUUAACGCGCGCUGCGUGGAGCAAACACUCUUCAACAUGGAACGGAACGAGGAAGGACAGGAGCGCUACUUUAUUGUAGCGAGGAGAAGUAAGAAGGGCUUAUCUCGCGGGUCUAUUGGGCGCGCGGAUGCGGAGACAGCAACAGGAGAUCUCAUAGGAAUGGUUUAUGGAGGAGGUGGCAGUGCCAGGAGCAGUGGCACGGUGAAGAAGCAGGACACAUGCCCACUCACACGCCAUCAAGCUCAGCUACUUCUGUUCGUUUCUCCCGCCAGCAGGCGGCUGGAGCUCCUGCGCAACGUCCAGCUCUUCACUAAAAUCUGUGCUCUUGCUCAGGAGGAUCUUGUAGUGGUCAAACACAAGAAGGACUUUCAGCCAUGCCUCGUCAAAAAUCUGAUUCAAUUAGGCAAGAAAGACAAACCAGGAGUCUUGCAGAUGCUGGGAUUUGAGCUGGACUUAGUGGACACUGAGCAUGAUAUUUUGUCGAAGACUGCUCCUCUCCCCUUCUUCAGCGCAGCUGACAUUGUCCAGGUGGCUCCAUCGCAUUUAAACACCAGGCAACCGCUGAGAGACAGUGGUGAUUUGGAUUUUAAAAGGAAAGAGGUGUCUCGCAUUAAUUCCAUGCCAGCUCUCAACUCACACAAUGCAAAAAAGCAAAGUAUAAGUAACACGGAUGUGUCCAGCUCCAUUCAGGCCUUGUCCCAAUAUUCUUUGGAGGUGGGGUCCAUGGCAGAGGUCAUAUCUUUGAAUGGACUGACCGUGUAUGGGGUGAUCAGAUGGAUUGGAGUUCCAGAGGGAAAGAAAAAUUGCUGGGCAGGACUUGAGCUGGACAAUGAGGCGACAACUUGUUCAGAUGGGACAUUUGGUACAAAGCGGUAUUUCACCUGUGAAGGAAACAAAGCCUUGUAUGUGCCUCUGACCAACUGCAAACCAGACAGCAGAUUUCUGUUCAUCCCGAAUGAGAUCCCAAAAACCAUUAUUCUCUAUCUAGAUGCCACUCUCUUUAGUCUCUUCACAUCAUCCACAGCUUUCAACAGAAUGUUUAACAGAUCAGCAGAUAGCGACGAAGGCAUUUCACACAUUUUAAGAUGGGACAUUGUGAACCGUUUACGCAGAUCAGGCUUUGUUCCAGCAGAGAGUGUGAUGAAGUUUCGUAAACAGCUGGGCUGCAAAUCUUUUGCUACAGAGGAGAAAGAUCCAGAGGAGUUCAUCACCCUACUACUAAAGCAUGUUUUACACAUAGAGCCAUUGCUCAAAAUUAGGUCACAUGGAGAGUUGGCACAGGAUGCCUAUACGCAUCAGAUCAUUGUAGAGAAGAAUCAGGUGCGAGCUGUGCCUUCAGUUCAACAGCUGCUUGAAAUGUCUUUCGUGUCAAGCAAUCUAAAGUUUGAAGAGAUUCCAUCUUGCCUUAUAGUUCAGAUGCCACGGUUUGGAAAGAAGUUCAAGAUGUUCCCUAAAAUCAUUCCCUCAACAGAGCUGGACAUCACAGACAUCUUGCAUUGUUCUCCCAAGGAAUGUUUUCUGUGUGGUCAUCUUGCUGAAUAUGAGUGUUUCCAGUGCCUGAUGGACCAUAAGCUCCAACCAGGCAAAAUUAAGCAGUAUUGCUCCACCUGCAACACACAGGUUCACAUUCAUCCCUCCCGAAAGGAACAUACUCCUCACAAACUUACAGAUCCAGAUCAUCUUCCAGAAGAUGCACCUGUAGAGAGGCACCAGAUGCAGCUGUUUGCAGUCCUCUGUAUAGACACCAGCCAUUAUGUAUCUUUUGUCAAAUAUGGGCCUAACCCACGGUCCUGGAUCUUUUUCAACAGCAUGGCUGACCGAUGCGGUGAUGAUAAGAAUGGCUACAACGUUCCUGUGAUCAGGUCCUGUCCUGAGAUUGGAGACUUCUUUUCACAAUCUGAAGAGGAAAUGUCCAAAGCGGAUGUGAGAGAGUGCAGUGAGCUGGUGCGCAGACUGCUGUGUGAUUCAUACAUGUGUCUAUAUCAGAGAACAGAGUGAACAGAGGCAUUUGUGACAUGUUCAGACCUUAUCUCUUGGGUCAUUACAUCAUCAGAGUUGACACAUGAGUUACACUGAUGUUUUACUUAGACACUCCGUUCUUUAUCAAAUUGUUCUUUUGUGAUUUCUAAUAAAAGUGUAUUUAUAUGUAAAAGGUAAGCCAUUUUAUCAGGUGGAGAUAUACAUUUAUACACAAGCGACAGUUUAAUUUAUUUUGAUAGUUUAGCAUGUUCAGUAUUAUUUCUUUUGUAGUACGUUCAGUAUGAUUUUUGUUUAAGUUUAUUUGUACUCAGUAUACUCUGUUUUGAAAAUCAUUAAAGUUGUACAACAUUUAUAUUUGUAUUAAAUAAUUAUGCUAUACCAA